AUGGAGGAAGAUCACUACGACACUCCAUGGGAGUUCCUGUCGCGUCCGACGUCGAUGCGGCUGUCCGCGGCCGACGUCAACGAGUUUGCCGCCAGAAGACAACGUGACGCCCGUCUUUCUGCCGUCGGCUCGCCUCAGCCGUCUCCACAUGGUUUGUUGAAACUCUUUCAAAAGGGAAUGAAAUGUUCAACAAAGACUGAACAAGUUCCCACCAGGGAGUGUUCUGAGCUUCCAGUGGGACUUCUGAAUGAGACUAGGUUCACCAUAUGUAGUUUUUCACGCUGAUUCCAAAUCUGGUCUUGAUAGCACUCAGCGCCCGCACUCUCUUAUCAUGCGCUGAGCUUUGGAAAAAAAGGUUCAAUCGAAGACAAGACGGUCAAAUUUUCGACUUUUGAAAGCCCCCAACUGUUUUCACACACCUCGAGAGCUACUUUUAAUACCAGAUUUGGAAUCAGCGUGGAAAACUACAUCUAGUAAAUCUAGUUAAUUCAGAUGUGAGCUCAGAACGAUCCCUAGUCUUCCCAAAUCUUUGCAAUCAGUGAUGAAAAUACAGCUCUUCAAUAAGUUCAAACUACAGCGUCGCCUUCUCUUUCUCAAUCUUCUUCGUUCGUUCAACAACUUGUCAACCUUGGCAACUCGGCGGUUGAGGCUCGACGUUCAAAGGACCGAAGAAUAGAGCUCAAACGAGAGGAACUUCGUAGCCUUGUCAGUUGUUUUUUCCGCGCUCUCCUCAUUUUCAAACUUAGGACGAAGUUCUUCUGGAGAAAAACGUGGAUCGAGUGGAAGCAGAAAAACGCUUGGAGAGCCGUCCUCUCGGCGACUUUCUGCUGCGUUCCCGUGGCGAGGGAAGUGCAGCUCUCUCGCUUCGAGCCUCCAGAGGCGUCCUCCACAUCAAAAUCGAACAGAAAGGCGAUAAAUGGAUCAUCGGUGCGUUGAUUUUCCUGAGGGCCUAAUUCCCUCGUAUUAUUGGCUUUUUGUCCUGUUCCGCGGUCUAUCAUGAAACGUUCGCUGAAUGAGAAAUUCAACCUUGGCGCCGCCGACUCGUCACCUCAUUCCCAAUUCGCAUUUUCAAAUUGAUUGACAUAAGUAUUUUCACGAUUCUCCCGAUGUGGUGAUGAAAAGAAGGUCCAAGUGGAACAGUUAUGAACAUUUUCCCAGUAGGAUUUCAUAAAACCAAAAGAAUCCAUGGCAUUACUUCUUCAAGCUUUUUUGAACUUUAGUUAUAAAAAUUAGCGUACCUGUAGUUUCUCCGGAUGCAUUUGCGUUUUCGGUCAGUUUUCAAGAAGCUUCAAAGUAUUUCAACGAUAAAAGUGUAAAAAUAAAGCAAAAACUUUUUUCUGUCCUUCGUUCCACACGUGAGGCUAUAAUGUAGUUUCCCGUCAAACGAUGAGCAAAACUGAAAUAAUCACUAAUGAUUUUAGCUGUUUUUUUCUACAAAACUGCACUAAACAUUUUUUCCAAAUGCCUUUUGGGUGAAUGAAAAGGUUUAGAGCGGUUUUCUAUCAAAAAAAAAAAAAAAAAAAAAUAUUAUUCUUGAACGGGUGAGAGAAAAAACGUGUUAUAGCCGAUUCCGUGCCAAUUUUGUGAAAAAUUCAACUAAUAUUCGGAAAUAUAGAGAUGAUUUUGAAUUUCGCAGAAAUUUUCUUUGAACACGGCAUGUGCGAGAGCGCCGCAGUGCAUGCACACAACACUACACUUUACGGAAAAAAAAAUAUAGGCGGGGCGUCGUUAAAAAACGCCGUGUGUCACUUUUUUCUUUCCGCCAAAAGUACCGUAAACCAACUUAGAUUAAAAUUGAGCAUCUUCGCUUCAAUACUUUCGUUUUUUGCUGUCUUUAUAGCAGUUUUGUAGAGCAAAAGUUUGUAUUUACGGUAGCUUUUUCUUUUUUGUUUUCGACUUUUAAAAAAAUGUCAAAUUUCCAUCUAAUAAACGCAACUUUGCAGGCGAAGGUCCCAGUUUUCGGUCCAUCUCCUCGGCAGUUCAGUAUUACCGACGACAUCCGCUGCCGAUCCGCGGCGCCGACCACAUGCUUCUCAACCAGCAACUCCCUCACGCUCUACGGAUAUGA